UUCCUGUCGGGCACAAUGAAGUGUCAACCGGGCUCUCCGUCCGAUUUCCCAUCUCGCCGUCUCUCCGUCUAGUGAGGGAUCCCCUCUCUCCCCAUCUCCCCGUCCGAUCGCCUCCAAUCCUUCCCCUUGUUGACCCCUCGCCCCGGGAGUCGCAUCUCAUUGUCACUAGGAUCCGGUGAGGCUGCCACCUGCCAGGCACACCUCCUGGCAUCCGGUCCGGGCGGCCGCCACUACCCUCGCCGGACCCCAGCACCACCGCGACUGCCCGCUCUCUCCGUCGCUAUUGCUCAGCAGCAGGUGUGGGCCACGGACCGGCUCAGCAGGCUUGCUAGCGCCGGGGUGAUUCAAAGCGGUGGAGUGAAGAUUCUGAAGAAAUUCCACAGUGGAGUAAGCGAACUUGCUUACAGAGUACUUGGUGUGUCAGUUCCACCCCUCUAUCUGUUCACAUCACCUUUUUUUUUUUUGCGGGGGAUCUGUUCACAUCACCUAAUAUAAGAAAUUGUGGGAUUGCGUUUUUUUUAUUUUGGAUUGAGCCGAGUAGCAGACAACAUCCUGGCCCUAAACCUUCCAGGAACGUGCAAUUACACUUUACUGGAAAUUGUAAUGUGAGAGCGUUUUUUUAUAGCUAUGACUGCAGCUAUAAUUGGGUUGGCAAGAUGGUUGUACGUAGGAAGAUAUGCCAAGAGUAAUGCUGGAUGGUUAGGUCGUGGUCCGAUUUGGUCACUAAGUGAUGUGUUUGGUGGAGACUUGAACAAAAUGUUUUUCAACAAGUCAAUGAUGCCAUUGCUCAAAGUUGGUGUCCAAGCCUACUUUCCUUGACCAUGGACUGAACUUUGUUGACUAAGCAAGUGUACAGUCUUUGGGUAACCAAUUAUAAACACCACAGAGACAGAGAGCAGAAAUAAUGAGCAGGCACCACGCUCUCAAACAUACACCCUACAACGCAAGGGAUAACGCAAAACCGUUUUUCUUCCGAAUGGGCUGCUACUUGCCAUGGGGAUGCUUGUUCCUGGUCCUGUCCAUAGUGUACUCCAGGUUUCCGAGUUCUUCAGGCUGCAUCAUGGAGGAAAGGGCGGCCCUCAUGGAUAUUAGCUCUUGGAUCAUGAGCAUAAAGUCCAAGGUUCCCAGUUCGUGGGAACACGGUGAUGACUGCUGCUCCUGGGAAAGAAUCAUGUGUGACAAUAGCACACGGCGAAUAUUACAUAUCGACCUUUCCCAAAUCUACUGGCCAAAUGCUGCCUAUCGAAGUGAUGGUUCCACAUCAGUCGAAGCGGAUGCUCCAUGCUGGAAUCUGAACAUGACGAUCUUUUCUUCGUUUCGGGAGCUUCAGCUACUGGAUUUCUCUGGAAAUUAUGCUUGUUUACAAAAUUUCAAUGGUCUUCAAGGAUUGAGGAAGCUCAAGUAUCUCAACCUCAGUGACAACACUUUCACAGGGAGUAUCCCAGUAUCUAUCAGAAAACUAGUUUCUCUGGAGGUCUUAAAUCUCAAAGGAAAUAACUUGAGUGGGGAUAUUCAGAAUGCAGGUUUUAAAAAUCUGCGGAACCUGCGAGAAUUGCAUUUGGGGUCCAAUCAAUUGAGUGGUAGCCUUCCAGCAUCCAUAUUUGCACUUCCAUGCCUUGAGUACCUGGAUCUUUCAGAAAACCUCUUUCUAGGACAUAUACCUAUAAACUCAUCUUGGAAGUGUCCCUCAAUGCUUCAAACUAUCAGGUUAUCUGAAAACAUGCUAAGCGGUAAAUUUGAUUUCUUCUGGCUCAGAAACUGUACCAAGCUCAGAGACAUAGAUCUGUCGAGGAAUACUGAUUUGGUUGUUAAAGUGAAACUUCAUGGUUGGGUACCUAAUUUUGAACUGGAAAGACUAAGGCUCUCUUGGUGUACCCUUGAUAAGAGCAUAAUUGCAGAGCCACAUUUCCUAGGCACACAACAUCAUCUCCAGGUUCUUGAUUUGUCUAACAGUAAUUUGCCCGGAAACAUGCCCAAUUGGUUGUUCACAAAUGAAGCGGCACUUGUUUACCUGGAUCUUUCAAAUAACUCUAUAGUUGGAUCAUUAGAUCUGAUUUUGCAACACAAAACUAAUCUUCAAAUGGUGAACGUAUCUCUGAACCAUAUUCAAGGACAGCUGCCAGCCAAUAUCAGUUCAAUGUUUCCCAAAUUGAGGAUUUUUGAUAUUUCUCAUAAUAUGAUAUCUGGAUUUGUGCCAUCUUCAUUGUGUAACAUUAGAAGCAUAGAAUAUAUGGAUCUAUCAAAUAACAUGUUCACAGGAGAAGUACCAUCUUGCUUGUUCAGUGAUUGUUCGGCAUUGAGAGUAUUGAAAGUCUCAAACAACAGUCUUGGGGGUAUGAUCCUGGACGGGGCUAGUAACUUGUCCUUUGUGCGGGAAAUAUACCUAGACAACAACCAAUUUCAUGGGACUCUCCCUAGAAAUCUGUCUGGUAAUGUAUAUAUCAUGGAUUUACAUAGUAACAAGAUGUCUGGGGAACUCGACACUUCGUUAUGGAAUCUCCCUUUACUAGAAGCUUUGAGCCUUGCCAGGAACGAUUUAACUGGUGACAUUGGUCCAGGAAUUUGCACAUUAACAAGUCUUUUGCUGUUAGAUCUGUCAGACAACUACUUUACAGGGCGUAUUCCAAAUUGCAAUGCCCCAUUACCUCUCGAGUUUCUGAGUGUAUCUAGGAAUUCACUGUCAGGCUUCCCAAGUGCCUUUUUCAACAGCUCCUUCAUUACAGUUUUGGAUCUGAGUCAUAAUCAGUUUACAUGCACUAUUGAGUGGACACAAUAUCUUUAUCAAAUCAAAGUACUUUUGUUAAGCGGGAAUAAGUUUGAGGGGCAGAUCUCUUCAAAUCUGUGUCAUCUCCAACACUUGAGUAUAAUUGACAUCUCGCACAACAUAAUUUCGGGUCCCAUACCACCAUGCAUUGGUGUCAUUCCAUUUGAAGACCCUGAUGCUAACUUGUAUGAUUGGCCCGGAACACCUGGUAAUUUCUUUGGAGGGUUUGAUGGCAUGGACUUCUCAUAUAGCAGUCACUAUGACCUCCAAGGAUUCACCUUCACAACAAAAGGCAAUCCAUACAUAUAUGGACGCAACUUCUUCAUUUUGAUGUCAGGCAUCGACUUAUCAGCGAAUAUGCUGUCAGGUGAGAUUCCACAGGAAAUAGGAAACUUGAGCCAUAUCAAGUCUCUCAAUUUGUCGAACAAUUUCUUUACUGGAUCGAUUCCUGCAACCUUCGCAAACUUGAGCGAGAUCGAAAGCUUAGACCUAUCAGAAAACAGGCUAAAUGGAUCUAUACCAUGGCAGUUAACUGGGCUAUCAUUAUUAGAGGUGUUCUCUGUAGCAUACAACAACUUAUCGGGAUGUCUACCAGACUCUGGCCAGUUUGGCGCAUUUGACGUGGACAGUUACAGAGGGAAUAACAACCUUAGAUCUUGCACUGCCAGUUCAGGUCCUGUGGUCCGGAAUGGUACCGUCAUACACGUGCCUGAUGAUCCUGACCCAAUUCCCUAUGUGGUCAGUGCCGUUUCAUUCGUCUUGGCAUUUUGGGCCACUGUCACAUUCGUAUUCUGUCAUUCUUUUGGGCAGCGUGUUAUUCUCAAACUGUAGGGCUGCCAGUAAUAGGAAUUUGCUGUCACUUUAUGCGUGUGUUUCUAAACUGUGCUAUCUUUUGUUGCUUUGGAGAGAGCGUAACUCUAAAGGAUUGUUCUUCUGUAAGGUGGGUAAAUCUCACUGGAAGCCAUAUCUCCACUAACUAGUUGAAUGCUCGUGCCACGAUCAAUAAACUUUAGCACUCACAUUGAUUAAGACUUAAUUGUAAUUUGAAGUAUACAUCGUGUUGGUCUUGUAUUCUAAAAACUUGUACAACCCUGAUUUUUCUAUCCUUACCCGAAACCGACAUUGUCUUUA